UUUGCGGGCGGAGAAACUACAACUCCCAGAGAGACCCGGAAGCAGCCCGCGCAGAGGAGCGGUUGCAGCUUUGGCCGGGUCCGGGCCUGAAUUUGGAAAAUGCUGCUGACACCCCAGGAAGGGUCCUCCUCGAAGAGGAUGGGGCUGAGUCGUUGGAAACAGCUCACAAGAAAGCCGAAUCCCAAGCUUGCCUUUGACCCUGACAAUGCAGAACCCUGGAUUAAGAGAAUGGAAAAAGCCUCAGAACUUGCAGUUUUGAACGCAUUUCCUGCCAGAAAUUCAGACAUACCUGGAAGGUUUUGGAGCCAAAUCAGAGAUUUGGAAAUAUCUGAACAAAUAGAGAAUCAUGAUGAAGUCUACACAGAAGCUCAGGAGUUGGUCAAUGACUGGUUAGACACCAAAUUUAAGCAAGAAUUAGCAAGUGAUGGAGAAGGUGAUGCUGAAAACACUGUGUCAAGUAUCACUCUUAUGCCAGAAGCUCAUGGCCAUUUGAAAUAUGACAAGUUUGAUGAUUUAUAUGGCUAUUUGGAGGAAGAAGAGGAAAGUACCACAGUUCAAAAAUUUAUAGACCAUCUGCUUCAUAAAGAUGUGGUGGAUUCUGGGAUGUUGGAAGAUCUUGGAAGGAAGGAAAACCAAGACAAGAAGCAGCAGAAGGAUCCUCGUCUUACCAUGGAGAUGAGACAUAAGCAGGUAAAAGAAAAUCGUUUAAGACGUGAAAAGGAACUGGAGUGCCAGAGAAUCAAGAAGGCCCUGAAAAAAUCAGCCUUCUUAGAGGCUCAGUGUCUGGUGCAAGAAGAGAAGAAAAGGAAGGCUCUGGAGGCCAAGAAAGAAGAAGAGGAGAUUCAAAGGGAGAUGGUAAAGCUGCGGAGGGAGAUAAUUGAGAGGAGGCACACUGUGGAAGAAGCAUGGAAAAUAGAGAAGAAAAGGCAAGAAGAAAUUUCUCAAAAGAAUCUAGAAAAAGGCAUGUUUCAAAGUACUCACAUUCUUCUGGAUGAAGAAAAAAUGGCAAAAGAAAGAAAAAGGAAACUGAAAGAAUUAUUAAUCCAAACUUUCAAGGAAAAUCAACAGUGUCAAAAACGGUAUUUCUCUGCCUGGCACAAGCUGAUUCUCAAUCAGAGGAUUAAGCUGGGGAAAGCUGGGACCCUGUCCGACUGGAAGAUUCAACUGAAGGUCCUGCGGGCCUGGAGAGAUUACACAAGAUCCCAGAAGUUGCAGCGGGAGACUCAAGCCUUGGAAAAUAAUCUUAGAGAAGAAAACAGAAAACAACAACUGGCCACUGAGUAUAACCGGAAACAAGUUCUCCAACAGUGCUUUACAAAAUGGCAGCAUUGGCGUGGUGCAGAGCUCCUAAAGAGAGAGCUGGCUCAAACAAAGGAGGAAACUAGGAAGAAAAUGGAUGAGCUGCUGAAGGCAGUGUCACUAGGGAAACUCAGUGCAAAUGGGUCAUCAGGCAUCAGUCUACCUGAGGAGGCAAUAGCCAUGGUGGGUCUACCAGCAAGAAAUAGAGAGGUGACUGCCAUGCCCUCUUUGUGGGAAAAGCCUGCCUUAGAGAGCAAUGGUUGUAUGUCCAGCCCUCCCCUAAGAACAACAACCAAGGACAACUUGCAGGAUACCCUUCAGAAUGUCCCUCUGAACACACCUGACAAUAAGCAGCACAAGACCCUGCACACUGAGCCCUCCCAACAGUCUGGCAGCAGCGAGAAGCUCAGAACCACAUGCCAAAAAGCAGAACCCAUUUGCAUGGGUCAUUUCCACAACCGCCUUGUCUUCCAGCAACAGCUGAUUGAAAAGCAAAAGAAGAAACUUCAGGAACAGCAGAAAACAAUUCUCGAGCUAAAGGAAAACCAGCGGCUGGCAGAGGCUCAGCGGGCAGCAGAGCAUGCCACAGCAGUCACAGACAAACACAGGCACCUGCUGUCAAAUCCCAGAGGAGAAGAGGAACCAAAGGAAACCUGCCAGAUGCUUCCAAAUGCACUUGUUGCUUCCCAUGGGACUGAAGGCAGUAGAAGUGACUCCUGCAAUUCUCUUUCUGGACCCAGAAGGAACCCAAAGCAGCUGAUGGCAACCCAUUCCAUACUGAAAGCUAUGGAAGAGAGAGCAAGUCAACGAGCUGAACGUAGGCGAAUCUUGGCAGAAAGGAAGAAAAAACAAGAAGAAGAGAAAUUGGCCCAGUUGAAGGCCCAAGAGGAGGAGCGUCAGAAAAGGGAGGCAGAAGAAAAGGAGGCAGAACUUGAGAGAAAACGAGAAGAGAAGAGACUGAGGAAAAUGAAAGAACUAGAGAAGCAGAAGAGAAUUAAGAGGUACCAGCAGCUGGAAGCAGUAGCCAAAGAACAUUAUAAAAAGGUCUUGCUAAGAAGAAAAGGUCUAGAGCCUUGGAAGAGAUUGAGAAUUCAAAGCAAGCAAAACAUGCAGGUGGCAGAAGUACAUUACUCUUUGGCCUUACAGAAGAAAUGCUUGCUGACGUGGUUCCAUUAUAGUCAGGAAAAUCUGGCUAGGAAAACGGCCCAGGCUGAUCAAUUUUAUUCCCAAAUAUUGCUUAGGAGAGUCAUCCAGAGCUGGCAACAGCACCUGACUCAUCUGGAGGAAGAAGCAAGAAAACUUUGUGUACAUUUUCUUCAGAAAAAGAUUUUCAGGGCCUGGUUUAACAUGGUCAGGGAGGCAAAGAUCGAUUAUCAGAGCAAGCAGAAGAUUGCGGCAGAGCACAGCGACAGGAGGAUUCUCUGGAUCACAUUUUGGACAUGGAAAAAGUUUGCAAAACUCACGAAAGAGGAAAGAGUAAAAGAAGAACGACGAGAGCAGCUCCGUAGGAAGGUAGCUGAGAUUCUGCCAGACUUCCAGGUGCAGGCACCCAGAAUUAUCUAUUAGUUAUAUGUCAGCAAUCAGAUGAUCGGCCCUGAGUAAAAUAAGUCUUUGGUGUGCCAGUGAACGCAGACUAGUGCAGUGCUAGGAUGGGAAUCUAUUGGUCCAUAAUUUGCUUAUGUUUCUCUACCCACAUACAUACCUACAUAUACCCGGUUUAUUUUCCAUGAGAUAGUUCUUGUAUCAAAGGAAUUAUUUUGGGAAUUUUUAUUUCCUUCUUUGAUUUUUUUCUGGAUUGCUGGUCAUUCACUACAGCAUUUAUCACAGUGGGAUCAUCCAAAGGAACAGUCUAGAGCUCCACUGUUCAACUGUAUCCUAUAUAUUUUUAGCAUAGUAAUCUUUAAAAAGGACAAGUGUUUGCCUGCCUGAGCCUGGGAAGAAAAAUGUGUCCUCAUAGCUUAACAUGACUUGUUGAUAAAUGUAACUUUAAUAGAAAUAAAAAGUAGUGAAUACUUACAGAAGGAAGCAUGAGUGAUCAGUCUCUGGUGCCUUAGCCUCAGUGACAGGUAUCUACCAGACCCUGUCCUUUUUGACCAAAAGGUAUUCCACACAGAGGGAAGCAGCUUAUUCUGGUUUCAGAGAAACUGGGGCACCAAAGAUACUUCUCUUCUGUGCACCCCAGUCAGCAUGAAGGAAAUUCCAAACUCUAUAAAAGACAGCCCAGCAAGUCAUUAAAACAUCUGUUCCCACACUCCCAACUGCAACUGUCAAUGCACUCAAUUUGUCUCCUAGUCUUCUGCUCAGUUCCAUCUAGAUAUUGAGAUACCUAUCUUGAAUUCAAAGAAUGUUUUAAUCUUUAAGGUGCUAUAAAGACUGAUGAAAUGCUCUUCUGCGAAUUAUCUUUAAGAAUUACCUGCUAGAAAAAAAAUUUUCAUUACAAAAUACAUGUUUAUUAUAACAAAUUCAAGUAGUCUAUAAAUGCACACAGUAAAAUGAGAAAGUUCUUUGUAGCCCUGAGGUAACUACUAUUAUUUGGUAUGUUGAAAAUUUGAGUUGGCAAAAUAAAAUUCUAUGUUUUUUUUCAAGUGAA